AUGGCAGCCCUCGACAUACCGUGGGUAGAUUCCAUGUCCGCAGAUCCUACUUCUCAAAAUGAUGGUGCUUCCGGGUCUCUCGGCCCCAACGAUGGACUCCCGCCUACCGUUGCGACUUUCUCGCCCACCAACAUAUCGGGCAAUUCGUUAACGUCGAAACAACGGUCUACGAUCAUCGUACACCGGAAAUCCCCCUUGUUGGUAGCUACUCCUCCUGCGGUCACUCGUGCGCUGGCAUACUCCCACCCCUUUCUGCUUCCCUUAAACCGGCUGGCAGGGCUGUUAUCAUGGACUAGUGGGGAUCCGUGGGAGAGUUUCCUUUUGGUCGGUGCCUUCUGGGCUGUUACUCUACACGGUAGCGCUAUAAUACUAUGGGGUGGGCCGAUUCUGGUGGUCGUUGGCCUCAUUCUGGGCCUAUACUCAAGGCGGUACUCUCCUCUGUCAUCGACGGGUUUGACGGGGGAGAAACAUGGCCAUGGAAGAGAAGGUUCAGACGGGUCCUCGAGGCCUCACAAGACUUUGGAUGAGAUUGUUGAAACGUUACGGGAGUUCACGACGAGGUGUAAUAUACUACUCGAGCCUCUGCGCGAUCUCACCGAUUUCCUUUCUACACAGCGAACCGCAACGUCAACUACAACUCGACCUGCCCUAACAGCAUUAUUAACCCGGAUAAUUCUCAUUACACCUGUCUGGAUUCUACUAACGCUUCAUCCGAUCUAUCUCAUCACCAUCAAAAGGGUCGUCAUAACUGUCGGUACCAUCAUUUUGACGUGGCAUUCUAAACCUGCAAGAAUCUUUCGAGUACUGCUCUGGAGGUCUUUGACUAUUCGACGUAUUUGCGGAACCAUAACCGGCCUGCAGUUUUCUUCAUUACCGCAUAAUAACGAACAUUCGUCUAAUACCUUUGCUAAAUCUUCUCUGCUAUCGUUAACCCCUUUCCGUUCAAAGCAACCAACACAACAUGGCUCAACAAAACGUCGUGCAAGUUCUUCGGGAGUACGGUUCACGUUCAUCGUCUAUGAGAAUCAGAGACGGUGGCUGGGUAUUGGUUGGACCUAUUCUCUAUUUGCCUAUGAGCGGCCAGCAUGGUCGGAUGAACACUUGAAUCCAGUGCCUCCAAAGGACGAGUUUGAACUCCCCGAAGUCCAAGGUAGCAACUCCAAGUGGAGAUGGGUAGCUGGAAGUGAGUGGCGCAUUGAUGGGGCAUCGGAUCCAUCCGCGAAGAAGAAGGGUAAGGGGAAUAAGAAUAUUGAGAAUAAGGACGAUGGUGGCUGGAUUUAUUAUGAUAAUAAGUGGCACGAUGGUCGUCGAGGUCAGGAUGGCUGGGGGAGAUAUACAAGACGCCGUAAAUGGUGUCGAGAUGCAGAGCUGGUCGAAAUUUCCCUCGACCCAGAAGGCGAAAAAACGGCUGCAAAAUCAGCAGUUGAUAAUGAGACUAAAUCCAAUGGUGAUAGUGGGAAGGAUAGCAGUUCAGCAGACGAUAAGAACGGCACUAAAGUUCGUAAAAGGCGGUGGUUUGGUAGCACCGACGUGAAGGGAUUAUCGGCGGUUGUACCAGAGCCCUCGAGCUCGAGUCAGCCUCUCAACCCCGAAUCAUACCCAGUGCCUUCGCCAACAGGAUCUAGUCCCCCCAAGACAUCGAGCAUUUCUAGUGGCCGGAGCUCGCAGCACAACGGCUCCAUUCGUGCUCGGAGUAAACGGCCAGCCAGUAUCCAUACCGAAGGCGACAGAAAGAGCCAAUCCUCCAGCAUUCGUGAGAGAGAGAUUGAAGAGGCCGAGAACAUGCCCGACAGGUGGGGUACUCAAUCUGGCAAUGCAGCAGAGAGAGCAGGCAGGGCCUGGGGACUGGGUGAUGACGCUCAUAUGAGUUUAAGCUGA